AUGUGUAUAAAAGAGUCGGCUGUGGAUUACAACAACGAGUACAGGCAACUCGGUCCUCAAAUAUCUAGUGCCUCCGAGAUGAAGGUAUUUGUGGCGUUUUUGUGUGCAGUGACCGGCGCUGCAGCUAGCAAUGCAGUGGCAUGGCCUGGCGCUAUACCCCUUUCGGUACCAUACCACUCGGCACAAAUCAAAACGAUCAUACCACCAGAAAUUAAUGGUUUCGCAUACUCCACCAGUCAAUAUAUUAACGCUGUACCACAGCACGCAUACCAGCCACAGUUCGGCUACCAAUUUUUGCCAGGGUAUCCAUCCUACUCGCAGAUACUAGCUUCAUACUACCCUUCAAAUAAUUUCCUCUAUCCUUCGCCAUCGCCUACCGGACCUAUUUCUCCUGUUAGCCCGAUCGCCCCAAUCGCGCCUGCACAGCCACCUCAACAAAGCCCGUCCAACCCACCAUCAGGACAACCAGCCGGUGACGAGGAUACAGCAGUCGUCGAAUCUGCCGAAUUGUCGCCCAAUCAACAACCUUUCAGUGAAACAUCGCAAUCAAAACCUCAGUACCCAGCUAAUCCUUCUUUUCCUCAAUCGUCCUUAGACUCUAAAAAUAUGCCCGGAUUUCCCCAAAUACAACAGCAACUCCCUUCUUUUCCUCAGCAAAUUUUACCGCCCGGUACUGGUUUCCCACAAUUGCCUCAGUUUCCUCAGCUACCACAGUUUCCCCAGCGACCUGAGUCUCCUCAACUCCCACAAUUCCCUCAGCUGCCACAGUUCCCUCCGCAAUCUCAGUUUCCUCAGCAACCACAGUUCCCUCAACAACCCCAGUUCCCCCAGCAACCACAGUCACCUUCGAAUCCUUCCUUCCCUCAAACUCCUUCGCCUAGCUUCCCACCAGCAGAAAACACCGAUAAAGGCAUAAACGACGAAGACACUGUAUCUGUAGAUGCUGCUUAA